AAGAGGGAAGAACGAAGCAGUCUGCUCUAGGGUUUUACUCCAGCAGGGAGCAGAGAUCAAUACAUACUCAACCGGCGAUUCAACAGUUAAGUCGACGUUACAAUCCCUGGAAACUGAUCUUGUUGGUCUAAUACAAAAUGGACGAGCCAUGGGAAUGGAAAAGUGAUGAAUAUUAUAUCCAAAAGGAUUCUCAUCUCGACACCUCUCAUUAUCUAUGGGAUGAUGUGAGCCAGAAUGAAGAAGAUCUAUCCUACAUGUUUGAUGAAGCAACCCCAAUAAAGGCUUGUGGAGAUUUAGCAUACCAUGCUGCUGAAAGUGGGAAAAAUGUGAACAAGGAACUGGAGGAAUAUAGAGAGCCUACUUCCCAAACAAAGAGGCGGCGGAUGCUACAAUUCAAUACUCAAGUUAUAGAUCCUUGCUUUUGUAAUGAAGAGUUACCAUCUGCCUUCGUAAAAUCAAAGGAUAGGGAAGAUUCAAUUGAAGAAGCUUUACCUCAAAGUUCAGAGUGGAUUUCAGAAUUUACAGAUAGGUUUACCUCUGGGAAUGAGGGCCUGGAUCAAUCAUGUGAGGGGUGGCUUGCCAAUUGCUUUAAUGAUGCGGAGAUGCAUUUUAGCUCUGAUGAUAUCAAUGUGUCUGGGUUGCUUGAUGAGCAACUUGAUAUUUCAGAGUUCUGCAACACCCCUCCUGAAGUAGAAGAACCUAAUGUUGUGCAAGAAUGUGCGACCCCAUCUCCUCGGAAUGUUUUUAAAGGAAGGAAAUUGUACAUGCGGACGCCCACAAAACUUGCUUCUUCUGUUGCUUAUCCAUUUGCCCUCAUCAAACCAUGUGGGAUCCAUGGAAAUGUAACUCUGAAGGACAUAAACCAAAGGAUACGCACACCACCAUCAAAGUCAAAGCACAAUAUUGAUGAUGACUCUUCUGCUUCUUACCCCACUUCAGCUUUUUCUGGAAAGCCUGUAGUUGUUAAAACCAAAAUUCGCACGGAAGGAGGCAAAGGCAGCAUUACAAUCAUGAGAACCAAAGGCUGAACUUAUAAGUUUUCUUUUAUUUCCACCCCAUUUUCUGUGGCUUCUCUCUCCAUUAUUUUUGUUGUGAGGGUUAUUUUUGUAUAAUUUCUGAGGCCAGUUUAAAAGUUGACAUUGGGGCUUUUUGAAGGACAGUUGUUGGGAUUCGUCCAACAAUUCAAUGUGUUUAUAUUCAAGUGGUUUCUAGGAGUGAGAUCACAGCUGAUGUUUAUGUAUGCAAUUCAGAACUAGAGUAAGGAUCUUAAUGUCUUAGAGAUCCUUUUACCCACUUUUGGCUUUGGCAAGUUAUAAUUGUGCUUUCACUAUAUUUCAUAAUGUGCAAAGUUCAGAGUACCUUUACUUGGUAAA